AUUUAAAUUUUAUUUCAAUUAAAACCUUUUAAUUUUUGGAUUCGUUUGAUAAAUUCAAUCAGUAGUAAUCGAUAUACCUGAUUUGAAUUCUUCUGCAGAGGUAAGAAAUCUGAACAGGAAGAUGUCUCUGGAUUUGGUUCUGAAGCCAUCAUGCAGUGGCUGCGGAUCGUCGUCGGAGCUGUACGGAAGCACUUGUAAGCACUUGACUCUCUGCGUGUCGUGUGGCAAAACCAUGGCUCAGAACCACGGCACCUGCAACAAGUGCGGCACUCCAAUCACACGCUUGAUUCGGGAAUACAAUGUUAGAGCAUGCUCUACCAGUGAAAAGAAUUACUUCAUUGGGAGAUUUGCUACAGGUUUGCCAAAUUUUUCAAAGAAAAAGAAUGAAAACAAGUGGUGUCUGCAGAAAGAAGGUUUGCAAGGACGCCAAGUAACUGAUGCUCUGCGGGAGAAGUUUAAGAAUAGACCCUGGUUAUUGGAGGAUGAAUCAGGUCAGUCUCAGUUCCAUGGUCAUCCUGAGGGU